ACGGUGAAAAAUAUAGGGUUCAUAAUUGCUUACUGUGAGGACGAGUACAUAUAGCAUAAAAACCCAAUUCUCUCAGACUCUCACACCCAAAACCCUCUCCUUUCGUCGCCGGCGGCUAUCACUCUCUCUCGCCGUUGUCCUCACUCAAGGUCAUUGCCUCCCACAUUUUGUAAAUGGUUGUACAACAUAAAGGAUUGGCCUUUCUAAAGGCGGAUGAUGAAGUUGAUUUUGAUGAUGAUGUUUCUGAAUCUGGUUCUGAGUUUGAAACUGAAUCAGAAGAUGAAGAUGGAGAUGUGAAAUUGGUGGAACCAUCAAAGACUGCCAUUUACAACACAGAUGGAAUGCUCGAUAAACUCGGGGACAUUAAGUGGCCAGACAAUGUGGAGUGGAUACACAAGCUUUCUGUUGAUGUUGAUCAACAGCAAGCGGUGGAUGUGAAUGAUGACCUGACCAGGGAGCUUGCCUUCUACAAUCAAGCUCUGGAGGGAACGAAACAAGCAUUCGGGAAGCUUCAGUCGAUGGGGAUUCCUUUUCUCAGGCCACCUGAUUAUUAUGCAGAGAUGGUGAAGACAGACUCUCACAUGGAGAAAGUAAAGGGUCGACUUUUGGAGGAGAAGAAGAAUAUUGAAGAGGCUGAGGAGAGAAGGAAAUCAAGAGAGUCAAAGAAAUUGGCUAAAGAAGUCCAAGCCCAGAAGAUGAAAGAGAGGGCUAAGCAGAAAAAGGAUGACAUUGAAUCCGUUAAGAAGUGGAGGAAACAGAGGCAGCAGAGCGGGUUUCCUGAAGGUGGUGAAAAAGAUGGCGAGUUGGACUUUUCCUUUGAAGAUGGAAAAUCAUUUCAGAGAUCAAAUAAGCAGCGACCUGGUGUGCGUCCUGGAGAUCGAUCUGGAGGGAAAGCAAGAGAAGGCCGAGGUGGAGUUGGACAGGGAAAACAACAGAAGAAGAAGAGAGAUUUUAAGGAUUCCAAAUUUGGAUUCGGGGGCAAGAAAUCUUUGAAGAAGCAGAACACAGCUGAAACCACCAACGAUUUUCGAGAUUUCAAGAAAGGAGGGAAUGGUUCUGGUGGAAACAAGAAAAGAAAGAGGUGAAAGAGUUGCAACUUCUUCUGUUGUUGAUUUAAUCUGUCUUUUUCUUUUUUAGAGUUGAAAAACCAAAUCAGUUAAUUUAUGUAAUCAUUUUCUUCUUUUUCCUUUUUCCUUUUUCCUUAAAAGAGCAAUCUGUUAGCUCUUAAAGUUUUGUGACCUUGAAACUAUACUCAUGUUUUUUUAAUUCUUAUUGGUAGUGUUAUAUUUUGAUA